CAAGGUCCAAGAACACUACGCACCCGGCGGCUACCUCUUCUCUCUAGUCUAGAGCCAAAAAAAAAAAAAGGAAGAGCUGUUAGUUAUUAGUUGCUUUCGGCCAUGGCGAAGGCUGCCGCCGCCGCUCUGCUCGUCGCCGCCCUGCUCGGCUGCCUUGUCUCGGCGUCGCUCGCCGACCAGGGCACCGCCACCUACUACACCGUCUACACUCCGUCGGCGUGCUACGGGUACCAGGACGAGGGCACGAUGAUCGCGGCGGCGAGCGACGGGCUGUGGGACAACGGCGCGGCGUGCGGGCGGAUGUACCAGGUGUCCUGCGCCGGCGGCACCAACGCCACCCCGAACCCCUGCAAAGGCGGCAGCGUCACCGUCAAGAUCGUCGACCGCUGCCCGUCGCCGGGAUGCCAGGCCACGCUCGACCUCUCCCAGGAGGCCUUCAACACCAUCGGCAACCUCGACGCCGGCAAGAUCCUCAUCAACUACAACCAGGUGUAAUAAGAAGAGCAGGCGAAGCACAGAAAGGAUCUAGGAGCUACAGAAUACAGUUGGGUAAUAUAUAGUAAUAAUAAGCACGUGAAACUUGCAUUGGAGCAAAUACGUCGUGCCUAUAGCUAAAAUAAAACCAUGGUGUAUACCUUUAAUGAUUUGAAUGGAUGCAGCUCUCCUGCUGCUUGUGUGUUCGAAAAAGGAAAAAAAGAAUAAUGCAGAGUAAUAAUAUUAGAUACCGAAUGAAUAAAUUUGGGUGUAUGUAUACACAGUCUGGUUCAAACAUUGCUAUAUAUCUUUA